AUGGAGACUACAACAAGGGAAAAAAGUGGUAGAGAAAAUAAAACGGUGUUGGUAAAAGAAGUGACUUGCGUUGUAUGUAAUGGUUCAUUUCCUUAUAAAACCGUUGGACUUACUGAUGAAUUGAUGGGAAAAGUAUACAAAGAGUUGAAUGCUAAGCAGAGGGAAAUGAAGGAGGAACUGGUUGGGUUAAAAGAUAAAAGUAAUGAGAUGGUGAAGGAAAUUUCAGCUUUAUCUGAUAAAAAUGAGAAAAAAUUUAUAGCACUACAAAGUGCAAACGUUAACAUGUCUAAAGAUUUAAAAGCUUCUCUCAAUAAAGUUGGGCUAAAGUUGCAGGCCUUCAUGGCAAUUGGUGGAGUAAAAAUAAUAGUGUGA